AGGUAGAUCUUUAUCCGACUCAUGUCAAAUAAUCAUAAUAGUAGGGGAGCGAGAAAUGGUGCUUCUAAAGGCGAUCGCCAAACUAUAAAUCAGGGCAGCAGAGGAGCAGACAACGCUCAGGGGACUGACAAGAAUAUGCCACGUCAAGGAGGUCCUCAGGGGCAGCAGCAGCAGCAAGCGCCCCCACCAUUCAACCCCAACCAAUCAGGCGCACCCCCACCCCAGCAGCACCAGCCACGUGGUCCCAGACCCAACAUGCCGAAAGGAACCAAUGGUGGCAACGGCAUGCUUCCGCAGCAACAGGGUGGUGGGAGAGGCCAGUUCCACCAUCAGAUGCCGUACAAUAUCAGACCGAAUUUCGGGUUUGUGCCGCCACCCCAGUUCGGGGCGUUUCAGCAAUACACUCAACCGUACUACGCGCCUAGUGGCACUCAGUACUACAGCGGUAUACAAGGCGGAGGUGUGCCCAGCGGGGCCUUGGGAGGUGCGCCAACCACACAGACACAACCACCACGUGUGCGCAAGUCGUGUGCAUUGCAGAUCAUAGACCCGAACUCUGGCAAAGAGGUGCAGGUGAAGAAGGCUGAGGCAAAGGCCGCUGAGGAGAAGGCAAAGUCGGCUGACGCUAAGGCGGGAAAAGUGAGCGACGAUAAGGCGGCAGAAGCCGAGAAAAAGGCACAAGAAGAGAAGGAAAGGGCUGCAAAAGCUGAAGAAGAGAGGAUAGCCAAGGAGAAGGCAGAGGCAGAGAGGUUGGCGCAGGAGGAAAAAGACAAGGCCGAGAAAGAAAAGAAGGCCGAGGAGGCUCGUAUGGCGGAGGAGAAGAGGGUCGAGGAAGAGCGUGUGAAGAAGGAAAAGGAGGAGGCCGAGAGAAAAGCCAAGGAAGAGGCUGAGAGAAAAGCCAAGGAAGAAGCGGAGAAGAAGGCUAAGGAAGAGGCUGAAAAGAAGGCCAAGGAGGAGGCUGAAAAGAAGGCCAAGGAGGAGGCUGAAAAGAAGGCCAAGGAGGAGGCUGAAAAGAAGGCCAAGGAGGAGGCUGAGAAAAAGGUCCAGGAAGAGAAGGAAAAGGUCGAGAAAGAGGCGGCUGAGAAGAAGGCCCAGGAAGAGAAGGCUAAAGCCGAGGAAGCCAAGAAAGCGGAAGAGAAGAGUCUGAAGGAGGCAGCAGCUAAGGCUGGGGUUCCGGUGGAUGCUGAGGGCAAAGAUGGCGAGGAGAAGAAGAAUAUGGGCGCAGCGAUGAAGGCCUUGGAUGGCGAGCUCACAGCCAUUGAGAAGGGCGAACCCACGGUGGUAAAGCCUGUGUACCCUGAGGGUACGUGGUCCCCCAGUGACAAGACAGGCAAGAAGUGCUACGAGAUGGAGUUCCUGAAGAUGUUCAAGUCACUGAUUGUCAAGGCGCCGAGGGAUAUGAUCAUGCACCCCGAGGUGGCUGUCGAUGUAGUGCCGCAACCGCUGGGAGGGCGUGCGGGAGGUCAACGCAUGAACCGUAUGCAGAGUGGCGGAGGCGACAGAAACCACCAGUUCAGCACACCCAGGAACUAUACGGCCGGGGGUGGCCAAGGUGGUCAGGGACAGAGGCAACACUCUCAGGGUAGGCGUGGGGGCGGUGGUAACAGAGGUUACAACCAGAGGAAUAACCAACAGAACCAACCGCCACCCACCACGUUUAUUAACAGAGAGGGCAAAGUAGAGGCUCUGGCGCCGUACGUGCCGCUACCGAAGAGUAGCGAGAAUGCCUGGAAGCCAAAGGCGGCGAUAAAUACGGAUGCCAUCGAGGACGAGGUAAAGAAGGAGGUGAUGGAGAUAGAGUUGAUGGUACGUAACGGUAAGGCCUUGCUGAACAAGCUUACUGUGGAGAAGUACGACAAAAUCGGAAAGCAACUGUUGUCUCUCCCUAUUACGUCCGAGGCCCGGUUAAAGGCGGUCAUUGACCUGCUAUUUGACAAGGCUUUGGAUGAACCAGGGUUUUCUGGGCUGUAUGCGCGCCUUUGUAAGGAUUUGAGCAACCAGAAGUACAACUUCAAGGGCGAGGGUGAGGCCAAGACGAGUAAUGUCAACUCGUUUAGACGUACUUUGUUGAACAGAUGCCAAACUGAGUUCGAGCGUGAGCAGGUGUUUGCGUCUCAGGAGGGUGUGGCUGCUGAGGAGAUGGACGAGAAGGUUGUCAGAGCGAAACUCAGGCAAGUGGGUAACAUCAAGUUCAUCGGAGAGUUGUUUAAGCUGUCCAUCUUGAAUGAGAAGGUAAUCCAUUCGUGUAUAUACGACCUGUUGAAGGGCAAGGGCAAGCAGAAGCUACCGGAGGAAGAGGACCUGGUGUGUCUCAGCAAUCUGAUGGAGACUGUGGGUAAGAUGCUCGAUGUGCCCAACGCGGCGAAGAUGAUGGAUACGUACUUUGAUCGUAUCCGCGAGUUGUCCGAGGAGAAGACCCUGUCAUCACGUGUGCGGUGCAUUCUUAUGGAUAUCAUUGAUUUACGAAGGAUGAAGUGGGUCCCCCGAAAGGGCGAUGCCGGUCCCAAGAAGAUCGAGGACAUCCACAGGGAGGCGGCCAAAGAAGCCAAGAAAAUAGAGCAGAGACACGCUGGGGGAGGCAGACACGACAGCCACAACAGGGAUAACAACAGCAGGGGCACGCGGAGCAAUAACCAGUACGGUGGCAGGCAACAGAAUAAUUACGGAAACAACAACAGCAACAACAACAAUAACCAGUCCAACGAUGGGUGGAACACUGUACAGGCGAGGCAACCGAGCACGAGGGCGGAUGCCGGUGCGCUGCGAUCGCUACAGAGUCGAGCGCCGUCACAGGGUGACCGUGGUGCUGGGGUUGUGCUGGGCCCGGGAGGUAAUAGUAAUGCUGGUAGAGGCUUCGGCCAUUUAGAUAGUGGAGGUGUUAGAUUAGGUCCCGGUGGGGGCAGUGGUAGUGGUGCCGCAGGUGCGGGCAGGAGGGGCAAUGCCUUCUCCAUGCUCAACGAUCACGGUAGUUCUGAAGAGAAGGCGCCCAAGCUCAGGGGUCCAUUGCAACUUAAGCCGAAACAGAAUAACGAAGCACCGGCUGUGCCCAAGCCUGAAGAGGUCAAGCUGUCACCAGAGGAUUUCAAAAAAAAGUUCCUGGCCAUCCUUAACCAGGCUAUAGUGUCUGGUGAAGUAGAGGACAUGCUUACCACACUCAAGGAACUCGGCAACGCACAACACGCACCUCUUAUGACGGAUGUAGUACUGAACCAGGCCAUAGAAGCGAAGACGGCCAAGCGCGAUAAAAUUUCAAAAUUGUAUAUUUCUAUUAGCGAGGCGAAGCUUCACACAGGCUCAGAUAUCGCCAAGGGAUUGAACGAAUUGAUGCCGGCUUUAGAUGACAUCACAUGCGACGCCCCCAAGGCGCCCGAAUACAUCGCAGAUGUGGUGGGUUCCGCGCUAUUCUCAGGACUGGUCAAGCUGGAACAAUUAGUUAAAGAAGUGCCCGCCUUAGAGGAAGUACGAGGAGAACUUAUGAGCGACGCUCCCGCUAAAACCAUUGCUGCUCUGGUUAAAUAUGUGCAGAAGACCGAGAACGAGGAGAAAGCCAAGGCCGUAUGGACUGAAAGUGGCCUGAAAUGGUCGGAGAUCUUACCCGAGGGUGAUGACGAGGCGAGGUUCUUAAAAAGUCAGAAAUUGGAAUUCUUAAAUUGAUGCAGCUGAACGUCGUUUCCAAAUUAAUAAACGAUUCAGCACUAAACCAUAGGCCAGCGCUGUUCGGUUAUUCGUUCGCGAAGCA